AUGGACAGAGAAGAUAUCGACGCGACCCCAAGGGUUCUGAGAGUGAGAAAUCCGGAGUCGCAGGAGAAAGCAGAGGAUGUGGAUGGCUUAUCACAGUUUGACGAUGAAAAGGCUGCGAAGUUCUCACUGAGGUCACUUUCGGCUUCACUGUCUUCGAUAUGGGCCAGGAGGAAAGCCAGUACCAGCAACUCCUGUCCUCAGUCCGAGUCCAGCCAAGACCAAAGUUGGUCUGUCGCACCCGAUCUGAAUUUGGACCUGGACGACAGUCUACCUUCACGCAGCUGCGUCUCCUUCUCAACCUUCACUACCCGCAAAUCUUCCUCUCGAGCGCUCAAGAAGAAGAGGCUGAGCUCCCAAAAGGACAUCAAGACUUCUUCACAGACUUGCUCUUCUGUCUCCAAGCCAACUUACCGUCAUCUCAUCCAUCCACAAACAGUUCACAGGCGAUUUCCCAUAGACGUGGAAGACGAGUCCUCAUUGUACAGCUUUGCAUCUUUCUCCACCGAUCAUUCCUCAAGACACUCAAGAAAGGCCCAUCACGAUCCAGCGAAGAGGCAGCCAUACGCCGUCGGACAGACAAUCUCAUCAACCAUGGCGUCAAAUCUUCCCAACGGGGUCUACAUGAAUGGCUUCGCAACUGACGCAGAGAGACAAGCUAUGGCACUGAAUAAUCACGUCACCGCCCAUGCUGUUCAAGCACCCGCCUUUCAAGACAUCUUACGUCUCCGUGACGCUCUCGCAGACGAGGCUUUUGAAACACCGUCUUUCCGGACUCCUUCUUACCAACAUGGGCCACUAGUCAACGGGGAGACAGUACCGUCCGCUCCACCUCCCACUCUUGCCAGCGCAAUUCACACUCAAGAGUCUGUUGAUACCCCCAUCGAUCAUGAUCAUAUCCUGCCUCAGUCAGAUGUCGGUCAUUUUCGCGAUAACUACGGCAACUUUGGAGGGAGCUACCAUCGCAAUCCUCUACGGCAUCCACCGCCUGCACGCAACAUUCGAAUUGCCCCAUUGCCAGCCAUCGCGGCACUAAAAGUCGAGACUUUUGCAUUCAAUGUCUUGGAAACAGGUGCAAAAUCAACCAUGGCCACAUAUGUCACAUUCGACCUUACCGCCGUCAAACAGAACAACAUCGAGACGCAAGGGCGUGGCCUCCAAACUCAAGACCGGUCUUAUCUCCUCAUGGAGAAUAACGAAGGUUCCUUGAUUGAUCUUCGUAUCCAGACCAAUGUCAAUGGUCCUGCCAGCAAGCUCUUUGAGGUCGGGGUUGAAAAGAUUCACAAGCUGUGUCACAAAGACCGCUGGAGUGUUUUGCUCAAGCUCGGCGCAAAAGAGAACACCCUGAGGUCCAGACUCUCCAGCUCCCUGCGAUCAGACACUCGAGCAACAUCAUCCCUUUCAUUGAUCGACCAAUUCCUGGCAAGCCUUAAGAUGGACGGCAAGAGAGGCGAAUCAGUCUCUGUCGAGGCAGUGAUCAAGUAUCGCCAUGCAUUUCUGCCGGACGAUACGACUUUGGAGACUCGUGCCGUCUGCCACGUUGGCUCGCUCGCUUCCGCCUCGUCCAUGGACGCCAUUGAAGCCGGAGUGCUCGCAAGCUCCAUUGUUCAUGCCCUGGAUCCAGGGGUCAACACUGUCAAGCUGCUCUCGGUCGAGCGAUCAGAGCAACAGCACCAUCUGGAGUUGGGUGGCGCCGAGGCGCUGGCACUCAUCUACGACUUCCGACAUGCGUUGGGCCAUGUCGUUUCCGAAUCGGUGACCUGGGACCUUGCGGUCCUAGAGACCUAUUACCGACAAGUCCAGGUGUUGGAGUUUGCGUCUCCGCAGACUUCAACACCCCGAGAUACCCUUCGCCGCCGUGUGGCAACGGUGGCGAAGAGGUUCUCGCCGAGGAAGUCUGGUGGUGCUGGCCCUGGCGCCGAGGGGCGCGUGGAAUAG